CGUGGUACCUCAGCGCUGACAAUUUCUCGUGCUGCCAUAGGGUCCGAAGCCGCUGGUGACGGCAACGGGUGUGAGACCCUUCUUUUCCACGUUCCCAAAUCUUCUUCUUAAUAAACCUUACUCAAGUAACUUUGUUUCUUCUGCAUCAUUUCGGUUUCUUCGGGUCGCCGAUUGAAGAGGACAGCUCUCGCGCCCGAGCUCACCCCUAUAGGGAUCUGCUUCCCACGCCCAAUCUCUCCUUGCAUCUUGCUCUAGCAACUGUCGGCCGCUUCCUCACAUUUGGAGAGAUCGGGUCAUGUCGACCACUGUUGGCGCCUUCAUUGCUGGCGGCAUUGCCGCCUGCGGUGCUGUUACUGCAACACAUCCUUUUGAGACGGUCAAAAUUCGUAUGCAGUUGCAAGGCGAGCUUCAGAACAAGGGCCACCAACCUCACCAUUACAGAGGACCGAUCCAUGGUGUGAGCGUCAUUGUGCGCAACGAAGGUGUCCGUAAUAUCUACCGCGGAAUUGGUGCGGCCUAUAUCUACCAAGUCCUUCUCAAUGGCUGCCGUCUCGGCUUCUACGACCCUAUGCGCAAUGCGCUCGCGAGCUUCUUCCUCAAGGACGGAAAAGCCCAGAAUCUGGGCAUCAAUAUGUUCUGCGGUGCAGCCUCGGGCGUCAUCGGCGCCGCCGCCGGAAGCCCCUUCUUCCUUGUCAAGACCCGUUUACAGAGUUUCUCGGCGUUCCGACCCGUUGGCACACAGCACCACUAUCGGGGCGCAUGGCAUGGCUUCAAGUCUAUCUAUGGAACUGAGGGUAUCAGUGGUCUCUACCGUGGUGUGCAGGCUGCCAUGAUCAGGACUGCUUUUGGCAGCUCUGUUCAGCUUCCCACAUACUUCUUCGCUAAGCGUCGCCUGGUUCGUCAUUUUGAUAUGGAAGAGGGCCCCGGUCUGCACUUGGCUUCCAGUGCUAUCAGUGGCUUCGUUGUAUGCUGCGUGAUGCAUCCUCCUGACACCAUCAUGUCCCGUAUGUACAACCAGAACGGCAAUCUUUACAGCAGCGUUGCCGAUUGUCUCUCCAAAACCAUUCGUUCCGAGGGUCUCUUUGCUCUGUACAAGGGAUUCUUCCCUCAUCUUGCCCGAAUUCUACCCCACACCAUCCUUACUCUGAGCUUAGCUGAGCAGACCAAUAAGCUGGUCCGCAAGAUCGAGGAUCGCAUUCUCCCCGGAAGGUUGGAGAUGGCGACUUAAAGAUGAUGAGAUUAUUAGUAGAGGUCAAUAAUGAACGGCGCGGCAGAGUGAUUAGCGAACAUCGAUCUACGAGCAAAACUGCUCUUGUAUAUGACGAAAAAGAAAGAAAUAUUUUGAGUCCUCGUUUAUAUGAUUAUCUAGCAGGACAAUAGGAGCAUUCGGCACCGCCUGGGUCACGGGUUUGGCAAUCAAAAGGCGGCGUGGCGUAUUUGAGGAGUUUUUAGUCACGAUAGAUACUGUGAUAUACCAGAAUAUAUCAAUAUGAGUGUUCACAUUUUUGUACGAA